CCGGGCCGUCGGUGCGUCCGUCCAUCCACUCUUCCGUCUGUCCCAGGCCAUGGCGAAGCUGUUAGUGCUCACGCUCUUGGGACUGGGAUUGGCGCUCUUCAGGGACCACAGGUCUUCUUACCAAACACGACUUAACGCUUUCCGGGAAGUAGACCCAGUAGAACUUCCUAACUGUAAUUUAGUUAAAGGAAUAGAGGCUGGCUCUGAAGACUUGGAGAUCCUUCCUAACGGACUGGCUUUCAUUAGCUCCGGAUUAAAAUAUCCUGGACUAAAGAACUUUGAACCUGAUAAGCCUGGAAAGAUACUUCUGAUGGACCUGAAUGAAGAAGAUCCAACAGUAUUGGAAUUGAGGAUCAUUGGAAGUAAAUUUGAUUUGUCUUCAUUUAACCCUCACGGGAUUAGCACAUUCACAGAUGAAGAUGAUACUGUGUACCUGCUGGUGGUGAACCAUCCAGAUUUGAAGUCCACAGUUGAGUUGUUUAAAUUUCAAGAAGAAGAAAAAUCACUUUUGCAUCUGAAAACCAUCAGACACAAACUUCUGCCUAAUGUGAAUGAUAUUGUUGCCGUGGGACCUGAACACUUCUAUGCCACAAAUGAUCACUAUUUUGUUGACCCCUACUUGAGAUCCUGGGAAGUAUAUUUGGGUUUAGCAUGGUCAUAUGUUGUUUACUAUAGUCCGAAUGAUGUUCAAGUGGUGGCAGACGGAUUUGAUUUUGCUAAUGGAAUCAACAUUUCACCUGAUGGCAAGUAUGUCUAUGUAGCUGAAUUGCUGGCUCAUAAGAUUCAUGUGUAUGAAAAGCACGCUAAUUGGACUUUAACUCCAUUGAAGUCCCUGGACUUGAACACACUCGUGGAUAACAUAUCUGUGGACCCUGUGACAGGGGACCUUUGGAUUGGAUGCCAUCCCAAUGGCAUGAAAAUCUUCUUCUAUGACUCGGCGAAUCCUCCUGCAUCAGAGGUGCUCCUAAUCCAGAAUAUUGUAUCAGAACAACCCAAAGUCACAGUGGUUUAUGCAGAAAAUGGUACAGUGUUGCAAGGAAGUGCAGCUGCCUCUGUGUACAAGGGGAAACUGCUGAUUGGCACUGUGUUCCACAAAGCUCUGUACUGUGAGCUCUAACAGGUCAAUUUGCACCCCUGCCACAGAAGCUGUAAGCCCGUCAUUUCAACUGCUUGCUACAUCUAAGGGGCCGUGGGGAUCUCAUCUGAACCUGAACGUCGACCCUAAAUUUGGACAUCAUGAGGGAUGAAAGUGCUGAUUAACUGGGAACAGAUAAUGAUGCAUAAGGCUUUUCUGAGAGUACAAUAUCAAAUCAAUCUUGGAAUACUUUAAAAUAUCAC